AUGAAAAUAAUAUAUCAUAUACUUAUAUUUUUACUUCAUUAUAAUAUUAUAAUAAAAGCAAAAGAAAACAAAAAUGACAAUUUCUUAAACGGUAUUUAUAAAUUACAAAAUAUAUGGAGAAAUACAACUCUGGGAGAAUUAGACCUAAAAAAGGCUAAUAUUGAAAAUGCAGAAGGAAUAAUAGAAAAGUUCAAUGACUCAAACAAAACCGAUUUUAAUCAACAUCCUCAUUUUAGAUCAAAGCUAUCAUUCUUAGAACAUAAAAAUCAUAAAGAUAUGGGAAUAGUAACAAAUCAUCAAAAUAAAGAUCACAAAAAAAAUGAAUAUACUUCUGAAGAAAUUAUUGAUAUGAAACCUCAAUUGGCUAGCCAAGAAAUGUGGAGAAAAGGAGAAAACUUUUACAUGCAUGGAGCUACAAAUACAAAUGAACAAAACGAUGAUGAAGAUUUGUUUGAAUCAUUUCAUAAAAAUCAUAAUAGCAAUAUAAAAAUUAAUAGUCCUUGUUUCGAUUUACAAGAUAAAGAAAUGUGUUCUAAUAAUAAAGAAUGUUUUUAUGAUGACGCAUAUAAAGCAUGUUUUCAAAAUUGUGCACUUGUGAAUGAAAAAAAAUGUUCCUUAUAUUCAGAAUGUAAACAUACCCCAAAUGGAUGUCAAAAUGAAGGUUACUUAAAUAUCCAAGUAUUUGGUUCAAACCUCGGGGGAGACGUACGAGCAUGUGAACUCUUUGAAAGUGAAGGGUCAUGCUAUCUUAUGGAAAAAUUAUUCAAAAAAUUAAGCGAAGAGAAAAAAGAAACAAGUUUCAAUUGUGUGUGGAUUUCUUACAAACAUGAGUUGAGAAGUUACGACGAUGAAAAUGAACCCAAAGAAAAUAAUGAUAACAUAGUAGCAUUGGAAAAUAAAAAUAAAUAUAUGUAUAUGAAUAAUGUAGAAAGUAUACAUAAUAAUCAUCAUUUAGAAAAUCCAUAUCAUGAAGAUAUAAAACAUAACAAACACAAAUCUUUUAAUUAUCAUGUUCUAAGCUCAUCUGUACCUAGACAAAUUGCAAAAAAUGAAAAGUUUUUGUCUUUAUUGCAACUAAAUUUGAAGGGAAAGAAAAAAGAAAAAAAUAAAAAAAAAAAAAAAGAUGAUGAAGAUGAUGAUGAUAUAGACGAAGAAGACGAUGAUUUAGAUAUCGAAGGAAAAAAUAACGAAUUUAAUGCUGAUGAAGAAGAAAAUAGUAAAGAUCUAAAAAAUAAUAAUAUAGAUGAUAAUGAAGAAGAUGGCACUACUGAUGAAGAUGAUCUUUUUAAUAAUAAAAAAAAAAAAAAAAAUAAUAAUAAUAAUAAUAGUAACAAUAAUAAUAAUAAGAAUAAGAAUAAACAAAAUACAAACAAAAAAAAUAAUAAAAUAAUAAAUGAAUUUGAUGAUGAUAUUGAUGAAGUUUCAGAAGAAAAUUUAUUAAAUGAUGAAGAAAAAAAACAAAAUAAAAUAAAAAAUAAGAAUAUAAAUGAAACUAAUAAUAUUUCUGAAAAUAAUGAAAUAGAAAUAUCAUCAAAAGAUUUAACAGAACAGUAUGAAGAUAAAUAUAACUAUGAUAAGAAAAAUAAUAUGGGCACAAAUAAUAAUUUUAAUAAUACCAAUACUUUUGCUAAUAAUAAAAAUAAUUUACAUAAUAAAUAUAUUAAUCAUGCUUCACAUACACAAAAUGAAAAAGAUAUAUUAAAACAUAAUUUCUAUGGAAAAGAUAAUAAUGGUACAUAUGAAAUAAUCAAAGUGGAAACACAUAUAUGCGCAAAUUUAAACGAAAAACCAAACCCAUCAACUUUAUUAGAAGGUGCUUUAAUAGCUGAAAAUGAAGCACAGUUACAAAAAAUUAAAAAAAAAUAUAAAGUAACUGACAAUGAAAUAUGUGUUAGACCUACAAAUUCUUCAUAUGUUUCCCUUAUCCCUGAUAAAAAAUAUUAUUUACUUGGUGAAAAAAUAGAAUUUAAAUGUCAAGAAGGGUAUAAAAUAAUAGGUACAACAAAUAUUGGUGUAUGUACAGGUAGAAAUAUAAUAUCACCAAAUAUAACGUGUGAAUCAUUAACAAAUUUUGAUGAUGUAGAAAAGGAUAAUAUACAAAAAAUGAAUAAUAUUAUCAACUCGGCAUCAAAAUAUACAUUCUAUAAUAUUAUUAUAAUAGUAUUUAUAAUUAUUAAUCUUUUUUUCUGCGCAUAA